UCCAAUUGCACAAAUAUUUUAGUGGUUUCGGUGGUUCUACUAAUUCCCCUCUUACCAGAUAAAAAAAAAAGAAAACAUUCUCUUGACUCUCCACUUUCACCUCAACGCAGCGAACAGAUCAUGGGCAGCAUUCGCCGGCACAAGAAUGCGAUGAGCGCUCUGCUGGCCGAAUUCUACGAUAAGCCCAACAACAAUCUCGAGUUUGGCGACGAGUUCGAUGACUAUCUGGUUAACAAAAAGCGGCGCGAGGACGAGGGCAGCGCCGGCGGCAUGUGCCAGAGCGUUGUGCGCUAUGCCCGCCCCCAAAAAGCCAAAGCCGCCUCCGGCGAAUGGAAGUUCAUUGUCAACACGGGUCAGCAUACACAAACGCUGCGGCUGGAGAAGUGCAGUAAUCCUGGCGAAAGCUGUUCGUAUCUGGCGCAAACGUAUCGCUCGCACUGCGCACAGGUCUACAACUACCAUCGGCUGCUGAGCUGGGACAAGGUGCGUGGCCUGCAUGUGGACAUAUUCAAGGUGCCCACCUGCUGUUCGUGCCAGGUGGACGGCUAUCGGCAGCAGUUUCCGCCGCUCUCCUCCAUCCAGGCCAAGGAGUAUUCGCCGGGCGGCUACAAGCUGGCCAGCAAUGGCAACGGGAACAGCAACGGCUAUAGCACCAUCAACGAGGAGGAUCUGGACUACAACGACGAGAGCGACGAGGACGAUUUGGGGCUCAGCUAUGCGCCGUAUAACACUCGCGACAACAACGAGCUGAGCUAUUUGAGCAGCAAGAAGGUGCGCUCCAAGCUGCCGGCGCCCGCCAGCGUGGGCCCCUAUCUCAGUCCGCCCGACGAUGAGGAUCCCUUUGGCAUUGGCUACAAGAGCCACAAGAGCAGCAGCUCCAGCUCCAGUUCCAGCUCCGGCUCGAAAAAGUAUUACAGCCAGCUGAACCGCCGGCGGCCGCAGCACAAUGAGCCGCGCGUCGACAUCGACAUGGAUCUGUCGCCCAGCGAGACACAGGCCGGACAAGAGGUAAACGUAUUUGGGCCAACGCUGGCUGGGGAACAGCCGCGCGUGCCCAUCAAGCGCAAGCGUAUUUAUAGCUCCACCACCCACACAGCCGCAACCGUUGCCAGCGAACCAGCCGGAGGAUCAGCUCGACUACGCAUACCCAUACACAUAUCCAAAUCACAGAGCACAGCCGCAGUCGCGGCCACAGUCGGCAGCCUACCAGCCCGCACAGGAGCCGCAGCCGCAGUCGGUGUCGGUGCUGCCGCCCAUGCCCACCAAGCGUCUGCUGCAUCCGGCGCAACUGCAUCAUCUAACCCUGCCCUCGGCCAGGGUCAGCGCCACAACUCCGCGAGCAAGUCGCGACCACGUUUCUAUGCGCCCGCUGCGACGUCGACCGCAGCCGCAGUCGCAGCCAGCCCAGCGGCGCCACUACCGACCACCUACGUCCAGCAGAAGCAGCAAUCGACGGCACUUCCACAGCCGCCACAUGUGAGCUACACCUUUGGGGAUUCGGGCAACGGCAACAACAAUGGCACGAGGCGCAUCAACUACAGCUACCAUCCCAUCAUUGAUUUCUUCGAGAAGAACAGACGCGCGGACGCGACACCAGCCGGGGUUAAGCCGGAGCCGGAGUCGGAGCCGGAGCCGGACUACGUGGUGGAGGAGUCGCGGCUGGUGGAGCAGCGCCUGGGCAUGGGCGUCUAUCAGCAUGCGGUGCCCGCCUCGCACGAGCGUCGCAUCGGCUUUGGUGCGGGCGGUGCGGCUGCUCCUGGACGCUUUGGCUUUGCCAAUGACAAUGCAUGGCAGCCGCUGGUUGUGGCCCAUUAA